CAGAGCCUCUAGUCAGACCGGAAGCAUAAGACUGAGGGGUCCCUUGGGUCGAGAGUCAGCAGGGCCUCUGCUAACGCAGGGCUUGAGCGGCCUCAUUCGGGAGCCCACACGCUUCCACCUAUCGUGCAACUGACUCCUGAGCCCCUUCACAGUUUAAAUGACUCUGAGUGGGAGAAGGAACCAGAAAAACCGACGUAGCAGAGAAAAAGCACCGGCACGCCGAGAGCCAACCUCCGAUUGGCUAGAGUUGUCUUGAUCCCUGUCUGUGAUUGGCUGUUCCCACAAAGACGUCGCCAGCGUGCGAUCCCGGCGCCUAGGCCCUGCUCGCCGCUCAUUGGCUCCCGGCCUGUGGGCGGGGCCUGGGAGCCCUGCAGGAGAGGCAGAGGAGCCGGCCGCUUUGAGGCCUUCAUCUGCCGGCCGGCGCCUUGACUACUUCUGCCUGGCUGUAUUCAUGUUCUGAGGAGGGAGUGAGAAGGAGCCAUGGAUGCUGCAGCAUUGGUGGAAGCCAUUGUGGAAGAAGUGGCCUGUCCCAUCUGCAUGACCUUCCUGAGGGAGCCUGUGAGCAUCGACUGUGGCCACAGCUUCUGCCACGGCUGUCUCUCUGGACUAUGGGAGGUCCCAGGAGAAUCCCAGAACUGGGGUUACAGCUGUCCCCUCUGCCGGGCUCCUGUCCAGCCAAGGAACCUGCGGCCCAAUUGGCAGCUGGCCAACGUUGUAGAAAAAGUUCGUCUGCUGGGGCUGCAUCCAGGAAUGGGGCUGAAGGGCGACGUGUGUGAGCUCCACAGGGAACAGCUAAAGAUGUUCUGCAAAGAGGAUGGCCUGAUCAUGUGUGAGGCCUGCAGCCAGUCCCCUGAGCAUGAGGCCCACAGUGUCUUGCCCAUGGAGGAUGUCACCUGGGAAUAUAAGUGGGAACUCCAUGAGGCUCUGGAGCAUCUGAGGAAAGAGCAAGAUGAGGCCUGGAAGCUGGAAGUUGGUGAGAGGAAACGAACUGCCAACUGGAAGAUACAGGUGGAAACCCGAAAGCAGAGUAUCAUGUGGGAGUUUGAGAAAUACCGGCGAUUACUAAAGAAAAAACAGCCACCAGGUCGGCGACUGGAGGUGGAAGCGGCCGCAGCUCUGGCCAGCCUAGAGCAGGAAGAGGGGGAGACCAUGCAAAAGCUGGAGCAGAAUCACAGUGAGCUCAUCCAGCAGAGCCGAGUGCUGUGGAGGAUGAUUGCAGAGCUGGAAGAGAGGUCUCAGAGGCCUGUCCGCUGGAUGCUGCAGGGUAUUCAGGAAGUCUUAAACAGGAGCAAGUCUUGGAGUCUGCGGAGGCCCGAACCAAUCUCCCUGGAGCUAAAGACGGAUUGCCGCGUGCUAGGGCUAAGAGAGAUUUUGAAGACCUAUGCAGCUGACGUGCGUCUGGAUCCAGACACCGCUUAUUCUCGCCUCAUUGUGUCUGAGGACAGAAAAUGCGUGCGGUACGGAGACACCAAGCAGAAACUGCCCGACAAUCCGGAGAGAUUUUACCGCUACAAUAUCGUCCUGGGCAGCCAGUGCAUCUCCUCAGGCCGGCACUACUGGGAGGUGGAAGUGGGAGACAGGUCAGAAUGGGGCCUGGGAGUGUGUAAGGAAAAUGUAGACCGGAAGGAAGUGGUCUAUCUAUCCCCCCACUAUGGAUUCUGGGUGAUCAGGCUGCGGAAGGGAAAUGAGUACCGAGCAGGCACUGAUGAAUACCCCCUCCUGUCCUUGCCAGUCCCUCCCCGCCGGGUGGGGGUCUUCCUGGAUUAUGAGGCCCAUGAUAUCUCUUUCUACAAUGUGACUGACAACGGCUCCCACAUUUUCACUUUCCCCCACUAUCCUUUCCCUGGGCGUCUCCUGCCCUACUUUAGUCCUUGCUAUAGCAUUGGAGCGAACAACACAGCUCCUCUGGCCAUCUGCUCCCUGGACAGGGAGGACUAAGAGGGCCACCAUCCUAGCCAGAGGCCUUGGAGUUUCACCUGGCCCACAAGGGUCUUGGAGGGUCCUGCCACCAACAAAGAUCCCCUUGAACUAAGCUGAGUCGAGGAUCCAGGGAGCCCUCUGCCUGACCCAGUUGUCUGUUGCUACUGGGCCAAGGUCUCUCACUAACCUACUCAUGUAUAAAAGCUGAGGUUCAGUCAAAUGAGCAUGGAACCCCUGUGAGGGAAGCAUGACAGGGCUGAGGACGAGGAUCAGAGCAGUUGUAAGAUAAUGUGUUCGUGUAAGUCAGGAUUCUGUCCUUUCUGUAGCUCAUGCUCUUCCCCAGUCCCUGAGGGUGCCAUAAGUAAGUCAGCGAGGGUGGUAAAGUAGAUCCAACCUACAGGAAACCCUUUGCAUGGGGUUUACCAGAAAGCCAAAAGAUAAUUGUUCAUGUCCAGAGCUGGUUACUGUGCUGAUACCAGGAUAGGAUGCUUUGCCUGAGGUUUGCUGCUACUGAGCAACCCAUAUUUGAGCCCAACUCUCUGACCCCCUAACUAGAGAAAUGCCUUGCAACAUUGCCCAGGCCACCCCAGUGUGCAUCCCCUCUCUGAACAUAAGCUGGGAAAAUCACUCUAUCUCAGACUCUAAGGAGACCUGGGUCCUGGUCCUGCCCUUUUCCCCAAGUGUCAGGAUCAGAAAACCUGUGAGCCUUGUCCUUGUGUUCGCUUUACGGGUGAAGAAACUGAAGUGGCCUUAAAUGCAAUAAGUUGCUUCUCACAAAACUGUUGAAAAAAGAUUGUAAAGCUUAUCAAGUACUUCCCACAUUCAAAUGAAAAAAGAUGGACAAACUUGCUUCUCAGGUCACCCAUCUGCAUAUCCUUCAUUACAGUUGGGUCUGAAACAUCCCAGUGUCUGAGGGUUUUAGGUAUCCUCAAUGGAAAAAUGGGUAUAGUAAUUGCAGACUCUCCUACCUCACAGGAUUGUUGUGAAGAUCUCAGAUCCAUCCUAUAUUUGUGUCCCUUUCUCAGGGAUGGAGGAAGGCAGGCCAUGGAUUUCGCCUGCGAUAGCCCUCCUGCCUCUCCUCCUUAGAGCCAGCAUCUGUACAGCAGUGCCUUCGUUUGGUAGGGCCUCUCCCGACAGUCUCAGCCAGUUAGAAAGUGCCCUUGCCAGUGGCAGACUCUGGGCCACAGUGGUAGCUUGUGCAUCUAUUGUAUGUGUUUGUGUCUGGAUUAGAAUGGGGACUGUGACAUGAGAGUAGAGAAUGGAAAAAAGAAAAAGAAAAAUUUAGAACAGAUGCACUGGAAAGAAGGCUCACCCACAAGCUAGUUGGGCUAAAGUUUGGUGACUUUUUGUCACCAAGGGAAUCUUCAUGGCUCUGGUAACUACCUAAUAUUCUGCCUUUCUCUUCUCUAAAUCUAUGACAGAAGAAGGACAAGGCAUAAAAAGCCAGCUUGGGAGCCAUACAUUAUAAUGAAAGGGAAUUAAAACGAUAUAUCUGGGCUGUUGACCUUAGAAUGAUGGUUAUAUGUGCCAAAAAGAAUUCAUUACAGGGCUUAAGAGUAUGAUGUGGGAAUGCUUGUGCCUGGAGACAAAUUGCAAGGCAAGCAGGUGGAAACCAUUGGCCUUGCCUUUUGCAAGGGGCUCUGAUGUGUACAUCACAUUGUUGUCGCCAUGAUGCUGUGAAACACAACUUCUGGUGUAGUUUAAGCUUGAAGGUAGUGACUGUUGAGUCAGGAUUAGGCAGCAAAAUAGUUACCAGGUCAGGUAUAGGCAGAAGCAAAGUAAUUGCUGUAAUAAAGAAGAGCAAAAAUUGUCUUUCUGCUUUAAUUGUAUUGGUUGUUCACAUAAGGAAGAGGUAAAACAUGCUAAAAUGGAGAAAUAAACUCAUUCUGCCCACCAUGCUUCCAAGUCACUCAUUGAGCAUUAGCAGAAGGGGAAACAUUUCCAUUCUCUGAUUGGAGAGGAAUGACCUGGUAAGUCACAGACGUGGUCUUGGCAAAGGAUUGAGCUGACCUACCUUAAAGGGACCAUAUGUCUUUGUAUAGGGGGACUCCCUGGGGAAUUGUUUAUAGACUUGAGAAAUCGAUUUUGAGGAAGUUCUUCGAGUUAUGUCCAUGGACACUUAGCGGAAGAGGCUAGGGACCAAACCAGUGUUGUUCUUUUACUAUGGUUUUAUUAGGACAAAUCCUGGAAGUCUCUUAGAAAAAGGAUUAUUAGGUGAUAAAUUCAUUUAAACCUAGAGUGAAUUGAGUAGUGUGGAAUGACUUCAUUGGUAACAUGCUAUUUUGGAGAGGGCUUUUUUUUUUUUUUUUUUUUGACAUUUAUAAGCUGAUUUGGGUGCUGUGAUUACUUGUGAGAAGUACAAGGUUAAACACAUUGUUUAUUUCAUAUUGUCUGAUUUUUAAGACCAGGCAAGAAUCUUGAAGUUCUUAAGUAUAUGAAAACCCUUUUCUCUAGGGUAGUUACUUAUACUUCCUUUCUAAGAACCCCAUGAAGACAAGAACCUUAUUCGUCUGGUUCACAAUUGUAGUCCAGUCUAGCACUGUGUGUGUGUGUGUGUGUGUGUGUGUGUAAAUAUUUAAGUGAGGGAACUUUCAUUCAUAUGCCUAGAAUCAAAACAAAAAUAAGCUUUUGUCUCAUGGGGCGUGAACAACUAGAUGGUACUUAAUUAUAAAUCUGUUAAAAAAAAAAUGAUUGAAUGGAUAAUCACAAAAGUGGUCCAGAAAGGGAGGAAGCAGGUGGUCACUGCAGAGGGUAGAGUGUCUGCACCACUCCCUGGAAUGCCUAGGAUAUCUCCUCCAUCUUGGUGAGAUCAUUCACUACAAGGCAGGGAUGAGCUUUGCCCAUCCUUACUUUAUUAGCAGAGAAACAAGGGGUGCAGUGCCUGAGCCUUGAGGUGAAAGACAAUGAAAAGGGAAGAUAGAUAGUCCUGCAGAGAGACAGGGAAAAUCCUUGGGACUCCCCACAGGAAAUCCAGUCUCCCAUUAUUCAAGCAGGAUUGAUUUUAAUCUCUUAAGAUCCAAACACUGAGACUCUGUAUGGGUCCCAGGCACUAGUUAAAUGGCAUAGAUUGCUUAGUGUGAGAGGGCAGGGGUCGUAUCUGAUCUGCACGGGAUUUUCUGUUGGAGGGUAGCGAUGGCAGGGAACUAGUCCACUUUGGAAGUGUGUAGUUCAAUAUCUGAGCGCUAACAGUGGGUUCCAGCUCACUUCAGGGAAUACCAGUGUGAAUGAAACACAAAGCAGGGCAGACUUCUGAGAGAAACGCUGGGGAGAAAUUUCUGUUUUGAGUGCCAAGCUGAACUAUGCCUUUGUUGCUUGACAUCAGAUUCUUUUUUUUUUUUUUAAAGAUUUUAUUUAUUUAUUCCUGAGAGAUAGAGAGAGAGAGGCAGAGGCAGAGGGAGAAGCAGGCUCCCCACGGAGCAGGGAGCCCGAUGCGGGACUCGAUCCCAGGACCCUGGGAUCAUGACCUGAGCUGAAGGCAGACGCUUAACCAACUGAGCCACCCAGGCGUCCCGACAUCAGAUUCUUUAAUACGUCUGAUAUUCUUGUAUUUGAUGAACAUAGUCAAUUCUUUGGGUUGCUUAUGGAGAAACAACAGUGUGACUUUUCAAAAUGUAAAUCUUAUCAAAUGUGCUUCACCACCUCAUGAUGCUGAUUUGUUUUUAUGUUAGGGAGAAGUUUCUUUUUUCUGGUCUUUGGGAACUCAGUGCAUUACUAUCAGGUGUUUAGAAGCUGAAUCCUACUUCAUGGUAUUCAGAAAUAGAAUACAUUCUAGGUAGGUAAGUAAUUUUAGUACUAGCAAAGGUACAGAUGCCAAGUUGUUAAGCAGAUUGUUUGGAACAGCUAUCACAUGAGUGUUGACCUACACGGGAAUACACUCUCAAUAGUGCCUAGAACUACUCCUUAAAAAUAUGGAAUUAAAAAUUUAUUCGUUGUACAGACACUAUAUCAGAUGUUGUGUUAUGUGGUUUCUAUUCAUCAUCUUCUUUAAUCUUUAAUAUCCUCUGAAUUAACAUUGUAUUCUCCAUCAGUAGCAAGGAAAUAGUAAGACUCAGAUAUAAUAACUAGUUAUCAACACUGUUAGGAAAUUAUCUUUUAUUAAGAUUUUCAAGUGUACCAGAGUCAAAUAUACAUAUCUGUCACAUUUGAAAUCUUUUUCUUUUAACAUAUACUGGUUAUUCAGGUUAAGACUUUCUGAAAGGGGAAAAUAAAAACAAAGACCAAAUAUAUGUCUGGUGAUGAGAAGAAUAGGGACAUUUCGGCUUCAUUAUUGAUACUGUUUUCUAUUAACCUUCUCAUCCCAGGCACAUUUCCAAGGUGGUGUCCAGAUGAAGAAAGACCUAUAUUAUAUUUGAUCCCUUUCUUUUAUACCUUACAGUUAAGUUAUACAGAACCAGACUAGGAAGCAAAGAGAAAGAUGUCCACAGUCAAACUCACAUUGCCUUAACUUCUGUUGCUUCAAAGCAAGAGGCUGGUGUUUAGUAUGCUGACUCCAACUAGCUUAACAAUAGGGGAUAAAUUAAAAGGAUGUAGAGGUAUCUUACAGAAUUUAAUAACAGGGAUGCACCUGGGUGUCCAAAAUGAGUUGGAAUCAGAGAACCAGAGACUCCAUUUCUUCAUCCCAUCUUGCUAAUCUGCUUAUCUAGCUGUGGAACAUAUUUGUUUUUCCAAGUUCACGUGUUAGAAAAUGACCACAGUCAGUGAGCCCAAGUUUAUAUCUCCUCAGAUAAACUGGGAUUCAGUUUGACUAGAGACAGACUCUGAUCCAGGUAUAAGCACAUGACCCAAGUUGAGUGGAUUCAUCACUGGGCCAGAAGGCAGGGUUAUAUAUUAACAGUUGCUUCCGUAAUAAUCACAUGAGUAAAUGAAUAAUUCUGGGAAAAUCAGCCAGGUGUGGGGGGGACCAAACAGUUGGUUUUUUUCUGCGGGGAGGAGGGUGGAGGGGGGUGGAUACUCAGUUGAAAAUAAGGGUCAGAAGCUAAGGAAAGAAAAAACCCAAAUCUAUAUUCUCUGCCCAGACUUACCUCUUAUACAGAUACUAGUUGAUUGAAAUCAUUAAAAAUGUCAGAAAAUUAAUCAUUUCAUAUGCAUUCUUCCUAGAAAUUGGAAAAUUAGACAAGAAUAUAAUUUACAGCUUCAUCUUAGAACUCUUUAUGGUGCUAGGCAAACCACACCAGCUCUACAGAUUUCUAAGUCAUGUUCAAAUGCUUGAUCUUGAGUCAUCUUGAUUGCUCAAGAUCUGAACAGAAUCUGUGUUUAUGAACCCAGUUUGGAGUGGUCAAAGAGGCAGUGCAUCAGCAAGCUCCAUGUUCGCUUCCGUAUUUAUUUGGUUCUCAGGCCAUAAAUGAUGGGGUUUAAGGUGGGUGGGAUGACCAAAUACAAAUCAGCUAAACAGUACUUGAGUGUGGAGAGGCACUGUAUCCUUCCCUAGCCAGGCCACAUAGAUGGAUGCCAUCCCAGGUAGGUAGUAUAGAGCCAUAACCCCCACGUGAGAGCCACAUGUGCUUAAUGCUUUUAGCUGAGCAUUCUUUGAGGAGAGACCACAUACUGCCUGGAGAAUCAGGUGAUAGGAGGCAGCAAUGAAGGCAACAUCAGAACCCAAUAAUGGACGAGCCAAUCACACUGUAGAGACUACUGGGCAUAGGGUCAGCACAUGCCAACUUGGCCACAGCUAUGUGCUCACAGUAGGAAUGGAGAAUCACAUUGGAGCCACAGAAAGGCAGAUGACUUAACAUCCAACUCAGUGGAGUCAUAAAUAUGACAGCUCUGAUGGUGAUGGCCACACUCAUUACCAGCAUCAGUUGAGGUGUGAGAAUUCUCUUGUAGUGUAGGGGCUUACAGAUGUCUAUAUAGCGGUCAAAAGCCAUGGCCAGCAAU